AUGGCCAUGGCUUCUUCCACCUUCACCUCGGGUUUCUUUCUUUUUUUGAUUGCUGCUCUCUUUCAUGCCACUCCUGCUUGUUCGGAUGAGUUCUCGUCUGAGCUCUGCAAAGGCCAUGGCUGUCACCCUAAAUAUCCACCUCCACCUCCACCUCCACCUCCACCGGAGCAUGUUCCACCGCCAGUGGAUCCACCAAUUGUGCUCCCUACUCCUUACUAUCCCCUCCCACCACCACCGGAUUCCCACAGCAAAGUUCCUCCGCCGCCGCCAGUGGAUCCACCGAUUGUGCCCCCAACUCCUUAUUAUCCUCCUCCAACACCUCCACCACCAGAAGCUGCAACACCACCGGAUCCCCACGGCAAGGUUCCUCCGCCACAAGAACCUGUACAAGCACCACCACCAUAUCCCAAUGGCAAGGUUCCACCACCACCCUGCGAUGAUCUAACCUACAAUUCAAGGAAGCUUAAGGCCUAA